UUGUCCUCCCUCGUUCCAGUCCGAGGAGCAGAGGUUGGCAAACUUGCUGUGCCCAGUCCAAGCACUGCAGCUGUCAUUGCAGCUACAGCUUUCGUUCGGCAGCCAGACCAGCUGUUUCUAUGUCACAGUACGAAGAAAAGGGGGCAGGCACUCUCUAAACACAAGCUGUUGCACUGGGUGGUUGAUGCUAUAGAUCUGUGGUUGCUGCUGCUCCCUCAGGUGUCCUUUGCCAUUCUACCAGAAGUGUGACUACAUCCUAGGCGGUGAUGAGGGGUGUGCUGCUGGGGGACAUCCUGGACAACUCUGCGCACAUUUCUAUCGCCUUGACGUUGGCCGUGAGUCUACCCUGCCUCAGAGGUCUUGUCUUUGGCUUCUACCUCCUGAGCGAUAGGUGGAUACCCGGUCCCUUGUGACAUUGCUGGCAUAACUCACCUACUUUGUUUACUGUCAGUGACAGUCAGAAAGGAAUGAGACAGAAUGGAAGUUAUGUUCUAACUAUAGUUCUGUGAUUUCCUGGGUGAAUUCCAGUCACAUUGUUCACUCGGAACUUCUCCUCAGUGAGAAAAUACCAGGAGACCAAACGCUGCCUCCCAGGUGCUAUUUCUAGACGCAUGACCCAGGUAGGCUAUAUGUCACGUAUGUGACUUUGUUUACAUUGAAUCUCAACCUAAGUGGAGCGCAAGGAGACGUAUCCACUAAGUUUACUGCUACUGGCGAUCAUCAAGGAAUUCACAGAACUAUAGUUACAAUGUAACGUCCGUUUUGCAUAUUUGUUUUUGCAUGCAAAAAUUUAUUGACAGUUUUCUGUCCUACAGGUGGAAACUACAGCGGGCCUUGUGUCAGUAUGUCACCAAUACUCUCACUUACAUGUCAACUGUGAAAGAUUUUUAUGAGAUGUUCUCUGAAUGGAUGGACUGCAGAGAGAUAGAGGUAGUGAAAAUGGAAAGUAUCAAAGAAAUGGCUGACAAAAUUGACCCCACUUUCACCAAGUCAGAGGGAAAAUGGGCAGCUUUUUGCAAGUUCAUGAAGAGCAACUUCCAGAUGAAGGCAGAGAGCAAACUUGCAGAACUAGAAAACGAGCUGACUAAGGUGUUGGAAGAAACACUGAAAGGUCUGAAGAAACUCAGCAUCUUCUUGGAUGCAGUGGAGAAGCUGGCUGUCACUUCACUGCAUGUAUUCACUGAGAACCUAAUUUUGCAUCUACCUGAGAACAUCAGCUUUGAUGAUGUUCAAGCUGUGAUUAGCACUGCACAACAGAUCUGCCCUUUCCUCCUGGAGUUUAAAAGAGAUGCAAAGUCCUUUUUCCUUCCUAAACUUCACAAUGUGGAGGUGCUUAUAUACCAAUUGCAAAAUUACAUAGAGACCACCAACACAAUACGUGUGAUUCGUGCCGAAAGCUUCAAUUUUAACAUUUGCUUGAAAAUUGCUGAGGAAAUUGCAGUGGAUUGUGAUGAUUUGUGUGAAAAUGACAUGCCAGAGAUGAUUGAUCAUAUUAAGCAACUGGACAGAAUCAGGAUGGAUGAGCACUUUCGGAUGACGUUCCUGUUCCAAAAUGUCUCCCCAGCUCAUUUCUUCAAUACGUUUGAUGAAAAACUGCCUACAAUGCUAAAGUUUCUUGAUGAGCUGGAGCAGUGUGCUGUUAAAUCAGACAGGAUGAACAAAGGGGCAAAGAUCUCCAGUGUGACAGGCAGCUCAGUGGGAGCAGCUGGAGGUGUUCUUUCCAUUGUUGGUUUGGCAUUAAUUCCAGUUACAGCAGGAGUGUCUUUAGGGCUGACAAUUGCCGGUGUGUCGAUGGGGGUAACAAGUGGGGUCAACAGUUUGAUAACCAGCUUAACAGAGGUUGCAGUUAAUACUACUAAUCAGAAACAGGCAAAUGGAGUUUUUCAGAGUUUCAUGACGGAUUUCCAAAAGAUCCAGGAUUGUCUCAAUGAGGUGAUAAAACAACCAACAGUCAGUUUGAACCCCCGUAAGAUAGAUGUGGUGGUGGGAGUAGGCAGGAAUGCCCAAAAAGUAGGUACCAUAGGAAAGGGUAUUGAUUCCAUCAUUGAUGCUGUUUCUGCUUUUAAGGCUUUAAAAGCUGAGGAAGUGGUUGCAAGUGCAGGCAAAGCUGUACUACAAGAUGGAAAAGCUUUACGUAACGCAGCUACGGUGGCCUCAGAUGUUCCUGAUAUUGGCCAGGCAGCACUUAAAGGGCCUCUGGCUCUCACCAAGGGGGCUAGAGGUGGUUUCAUUGCACUUAAUGCCCUCUUCAUUGGCAUGGAUAUCUUCUUUAUUGCCAAAGACAGCAUGAGUUUGGCCAAAGGCAGUGAGACUAAAGUCUCAAAGUUCCUCAGAGACAGAGUUGCAUUAUUCGGCUCACAGAUAGAGUCAUGGGAGAAGAUUAGCAGCUCUUUGUGUCAAAGCAAACUGACUGAAGAAGAAAACAGAAAUAUCCUCAAAAAGCCCUUUUAUCCAUAGCAACUGUUAAAGAGAAUAAAAGUGGAAGAUUAGUCCAGUAGACAAUGAAAAACAGGAAAUCUGCCAUAAUUACACUCACUGAAAGACUUUUUUUUCCUAACUGAAAUACAUUAGUACACAAAAUUAAUCAGUUUGAAAUUAUUUUUAGCAUGAUUCAAUGUGUGACUUCUUGUAUUAAUAUGUGUUAAUUGAUUAAUGAUUUAAUGAUGUAACUGUAAGGGGUCAAAUGUUUUUAAGAAUCUGCUGGUUUGCUGUAAAUAUGAGACUGUUUAAAAUAAUCUGAACAUGUAUUUCCAGAUGUGCAUCCUCAAAGAAUUUGAUUAACUUUUAUAUUUUAUGUCUUAUUUUAUAAUUUUGUAAUUUUUUUUCUUGUUUUUGUUUUCACUGUCUGGAACAUUUUACAGUUUUUGGUGUUUUUAAGUUGCUUUGCACACAGCUUUGGCUGUGUUUACACAAAUGGCAAAAAAAACCUGGCAAGGUUGUGUGGCAAAGGCUUUAUGCUUUUCCUCGGGAUGUUUUUGUUCAAGUCUUUCAUAUAACUUUUAAACCAAAUAGAGAAAUCUGUGUCUCUUCUGCAUUCUUACGCCAUUGUAAAGCACAUUUUAAAUUACAGUACAAUUGCAAUUUGA